AUGUCUCACGAGAGCGUCUGGAACUCCCGCCCCCGGAGCUACGGCAAGGGCGCGCGCGCUUGCCGCGUUUGCACCCACCGUGCCGGUCUGAUCCGCAAGUACGGCCUCGACAUCUGCCGUCAGUGCUUCCGUGAGAAGGCUGCCGACAUUGGCUUCGUCAAGCACCGUUAA